AAAAGAAGCACAAGAGUUGGACAACACAGACAGGAAAAAAGAAGGGGGUGGAUCGGUUCCUACCCCAACCCAAUCGCUAGGAGUUUCAGACAAAGCGCGAUAGAGUCAAUAGAGAAAAGCCAUCUUUCUAUUGUGGGUUACGGAUUGCAAUCUCCCUCUUCAAUUUGGACAACUAAAACAGGAGUAAUUGCACGAUUUAAAGGGUAAAUUUGGGACAAGUUCUUAAGAGAGCAACAAGUAUUGUUUCAGUCAUGGAUCAGCAACGCACACACACAUAAACACAAAAUCCUUGUUGAGAAAGUGAAGGAUCAUGUGCCCUAUUUUGGAGUUGUUGAUGCACAAACAGUGAAUAAGAGAGUCAUCUUACAUCCACAUGGAUUGAAAGUCUAGUUAUCUCGCUUAUCCCGUUGCGAAGUCACUGAAAGAAGUGAUAACACAACACUGAUGAAUAACACUAAGACACUCAAGUCUUCAAGUUCUGAAUUGGAUCUUGAUCAACCCAACAUCGAGGAUUACCUCCCUUCUGGGUCUACCAUUCAACAAGAACCUCAUGGAAAGCUUUUCCUGCAUGAUUUACUCGACAUUUCCCCUACUUUAUCUGAGGCGGCUGGUGCUAUUGUAGAUGAUUCAUUCACAAGAUGCUUCAAGUCAAAUCCUCCAGAACCAUGGAAUUGGAAUGUUUAUUUGUUUCCUUUGUGGUGUUGUGGAGUUGUGAUUAGAUACUUGAUUCUGUUCCCUACCAGGGUUCUAGUGUUAACAAUAGAAUGGAUAAUAUUUCUUUCAUCCUUCAUUUCGGUGCACUUCCUUUUAGAAGGACAUGACAAGUUAAGGAGAAGUAUUGAGCGGUCUUUGGUGGAGAUGAUGUGCAGUUUCUUUGUUGCAUCCUGGACUGGGGUUGUUAAGUAUCAUGGACCAAGGCCUAGCAGGCGACCAAAGCAGGUUUUUGUGGCCAACCAUACGUCCAUGAUUGAUUUCAUUAUCUUGGAACAGAUGACUGCUUUUGCUGUUAUUAUGCAGAAGCAUCCUGGAUGGGUUGGAUUAUUGCAGAGUACCAUUUUAGAGAGCCUAGGAUGCAUCUGGUUCAAUCGUACAGAGGCAAAGGAUCGGGAAAUUGUAGCAAGGAAAUUGAGGGAACAUGUUCAGGGAGCUGACAACAACCCUCUUCUCAUAUUUCCUGAAGGAACUUGUGUAAAUAAUCACUAUACUGUCAUGUUCAAGAAGGGUGCAUUUGAACUUGGCUGCACAGUUUGCCCAGUUGCAAUCAAGUACAACAAAAUUUUUGUAGAUGCUUUUUGGAAUAGUCGAAAGCAAUCAUUCACUAUGCAUCUGUUGCAGCUAAUGACAUCUUGGGCUGUUGUUUGUGAUGUUUGGUACUUGGAGCCUCAAAAUUUGAAACCAGGAGAGACGCCCAUUGAGUUUGCUGAGAGGGUGAGAGACAUUAUCUCAGUUCGUGCUGGCCUUAAAAAGGUUCCUUGGGAUGGAUAUCUGAAGUAUUCUCGUCCUAGCCCAAAGCAUAGAGAGAGAAAGCAACAAAACUUUGCCGAGUCAGUGCUGCGGCGAUUGGAGGAAAAGUGAUGUGUCCCUUUUUGUAUAGAAUUCCUUGCUAUGCUAUUCUCCACCGAUAGUCGGUUUCUUCUACAAACUAAUAGGUGGUAGAAUUUUAAGGAUGAAAAAAUUUGCUGGAGUUUCAAAUCAGAAUCAUAGCUUAAAUUGAUAUUAUUUUCUUUUUAUUUUUUAAUCAAAUCAAUGUUUUUUUGUAAUAGAAAAUCACUUCAUGUUUCUAGGACUAAAUUAAUUUACAUUAAAACUAAUUGUUAAGCUAAUAAUGUGGAACCAAAAUGAUAGUUUUGC